CGAGAUUGUUCCGCAAUGCCGCCACAAACGAAGGAAGAAACGGUUUGCCAGAGGGAAGUCAAGAUCCCGGACUGGGUCACACCCGAAGUCUUUGAAGAUCUGCUCAGGCGAAAGGUCAAGGACUACAAGGAGACGAAGUCCCUGAGGGCCGAGGCUGGUGUAGCUCCUGGGGAGAAUUAUGCCACCAUAAUGCUGAGGGUAGAGCUGGAUGUGGAAACUAAAGACCAAUCCCUGGUGACCAAGGCCUUUAUGCUGAAGACUCCACACCAAUCGGAGACGUAUCGCAAAAUCAUCGAGGAGACGGACAUUUUCGAUGUGGAGCGCGGAAUGUACCAGGAGGUGGUUCCCGAAAUGGAGCAGCUGUAUCGGGACGCGGGAUUGGACGUAAAGUUUGGUGCUGAAUCCUACGAAAUCUCGGCGAGCGAUCACUAUGUCCUCUUGGAGGAUCUCAGGCCACGGGGCUUCAGGAAUGUGAAUCGCCUCGAGGGCUUGGACCAGGUUCACACCGAGAAUGUUCUACGGAAACUGGCCCAGUGGCAUGCGGCGUCUGCUGUUCGCGUGGAGCUCAAGGGACCCUACGAGGAGAAGUACACUAAAGGCUUCUUCAAGUCCGAGAAAAUCAUAGAUGCAUUCUGUAAUGGAAGCGUCAAGAAUCUGCUGAAACACAUUGAACAGUACGAGGGUCACGAGGCGUACCUUAAAGAUUUGCACAGUGUCUCCGAAAAGUUGCUGGAUGUGGUUAAUGAUCUGAAUGUGCCGAAAGCCGACGAGUUCAAUGCCCUGAAUCAUGGCGAUAGCUGGUCCAACAACAUUAUGUUCCAGUACAACGAUAAGAACGAGAUUUUGAAUACCUAUUUUGUAGACCUGCAAAUACCCAAAUAUGGAACAGUGGCCCAGGACUUGUACUACUUCCUGAUUUCUUCAACUAGCCUGGACAUUAAAAUUUCCAAGUUUGACUAUUUAAUUUGGUUCUAUCACUCUGAGCUUGUCAAGCACCUGAAACUCCUCAAGUACUCAAAGCCACUGCCCACUCUAAGGGGUAUUCGGGAUGCUCUUAACAAGUACAGUGGUUGGGGCUUCGUUUGUGCUGCCUGCAUAAUGGGAUUCGUUUUGCUGGAUCCCAGAGAAGAUGCUCACUUCGAUCAGAUUAUGUCAGAAGAAGACUCUAGUUUUAAGAACUCCAUCUUCACGAACCCCAGAUAUCGCAGACAUAUUGAGGCUCUAUUGCCGUGGCUGCAACAAAGUGGUGCUCUGGAAUAAGUCCCAUAAUCCUCUCACAUAGUUUAGCAUUUAAAUAUUUUGAAUUUUAAUAAAUAAAACACAAAUCGAAAUCUA